GCGAGCUGGAGCCUGUCCGGGCAGUAGGUGCAGCGUGAGGCGCGUACAUGUUCGUGGCAGCGGUGGAGAAGAGGCGGCCUUUCCGGAUGGCAGCGUUUGAAGAGGAGCCGGAGGUUCCGCCAGAGCAGCUGGAUGUCGCGCGCGGCCUAGAAAACCUGCCUGUGAGCGCGUGGCCCCCGGGGGCCCGGCCCGGGCCCUUCCAGUACACAUCUGAUCAUGUAGGUGGACCCGGAGCAGACAUUGAUCCCACUCAAAUAACCUUUCCUGGAUGUGUUUGUGUCAAAACUCCCUGCCUCCCUGGCACUUGCUCCUGUCUCCACUAUGAGGAAAAUUAUGAUGAUAAUUCAUGCCUUAGAGAUAUAGGAUCGGAAGGAAAGUAUGCCAAGCCUGUUUUUGAAUGCAAUGUCCUUUGCCAGUGUGGUGACCACUGCAGAAACAGAGUGGUUCAGAGGGGUCUGCAGUUCCACCUCCAGGUGUUCAAGACAGAUAAAAAAGGUUGGGGACUUCGUACCUUGGAAUUUAUACCAAAGGGAAGAUUUGUCUGUGAAUAUGCUGGCGAGGUUUUAGGAUUCUCUGAAGUACAGAGAAGAAUUCACUUACAAACAAUAUCUGAUUCAAAUUACAUAAUAGCCAUCAGGGAACAUGUUUAUAAUGGGCAGAUAAUGGAAACAUUUGUUGACCCUACCUAUUUAGGAAAUAUUGGAAGAUUCCUUAAUCAUUCUUGUGAGCCAAACCUAUUGAUGAUUCCUGUCCGAAUUGACUCAAUGGUACCUAGGUUGGCACUCUUUGCAGCCAAAGACAUUUUGCCAGAAGAGGAACUUUCUUACGACUAUUCAGGAAGAUUUCUUAAUCUAAUGGACAGUGAAGACAAAGAAAGGCUGGAUAAUGGAAAACUAAGAAAACCUUGUUACUGUGGUGCCAAAUCGUGUACUGCUUUCCUACCUUAUGACAGUUCGCUGUACGGCCCCUUAGAAAAGCCAAACAUCAAUUAGGAGGGAAACUGCCCAACCACUAAGAGAGGCCAGUGGGUGGGAAUGAGAGAACCAAACAUGUGUGGCUCAGCGCCUUAUGCAUUCCCCUCUUCCAAGCAACUUACCCUUGAGGUAAGUCUGUUCUGUGGCAAGCAGCUUGCCCCUCUUUGUAAGGAAUGCUGGUGGUUGUCUGGCUUUGCCUCUGUCUGGUUGCAUAAGUUUAAGUCAGGAAGGUGGCAGAGACUACAAGUUGUCCAUCAAUAUUCUUUCUCUCCUUCUGUAAUAAAAUUCUAAAUUUUACCUGGGUACUUUGCUACCCAGAAUACUCACUUCUCUAGUUAGAUAUGGUUGAGUGACUGUGUUCCAGCUAAUGGAAUAUAAGCAAAAAUGAUGUGUCCUUAAAUGGAGAGUUCCGCCGUUCUCUUCCUCUUUCUUCCUGUUGGCUGGAAUGUAUACCUUGUGACUAGAGCUGGAAUAGCCAUCCCAGACCCCAAGAUGACUCUUAAGAAAUGAAGCCAUGCAUAACGAAUCAACAAGAUAAAAAGGAGUUUAGGUGUCUGGUACUAUAGAACAUUCUGCUGGUUCUGAUCUGACACAUCUGAACUUUUCGAUGAGAAAGUCUUUCCCUUGUUUAAGUCACUGUUAUUGUGAGUGUUCUAGCCCUCAAACUGAACCUAAUUGUAAUGAUCCAAGAAGACCCUUGUGUCUACUACCUAAGCCAUGCUUUCCAGCCAAUUUCAUUAGUAAUAAAGCUGAUAUUUUAAUUUCUAUCUGACUCCUGCAUCCUAUUGUUUGUUUCUAAGCACAGAUCAAGGAAAACGGCAUGACUAAUUAUCACCUGCUAAAACCCUAAUAAUUACCACCAAUAGUGAAAAAUAUAACCAUGGAAAUGACUUCUGUGUUAUAGCCAAAAGUCAGAAAAGGAAACACAUUGUAAAUUUUUCAUUAUAUACUUGGCUAUAUUCCAAAGCUUGUGAAGUUAUGCUUCAAAACUUCAAAUAGCCUCACUUCUUCACGUAUUAAUAACAAAAAUAACCCUAUCAACACCACAGAAGGAGAUACGAGUUUUAUAAUCCCAUUUAAUCUUCGAC